AUGGACCCCAGGGAAUGCUCCUGCAUGUCUGGAGGAGUCUGCAUCUGUGGAGACAACUGCAAAUGCACAACCUGCAGCUGCAAAACAUGUCGAAAAAGCUGCUGCCCCUGCUGCCCUCCGGGCUGCGCCAAGUGCGCCCGCGGCUGCAUCUGCAAAGGAGGCUCAAACAAGUGCAGCUGCUGCAACUGA